GUUCUUAAACUGAGGUACCACUAUAUAUCAAUAAGGAAAAUGUUUUGCACCCCAAAAUAUUGAGUCAUUCCAGAUGACAUGUGACCAGUGCCAGGAAACUGUUUCCUACAAGACAUUCUAGCUUCUAGCACUCCGUCCAGCCUAGUGUGGUGCCCCCCCCCAUGCUCAAACAUAAUGUGCUAUGAUGUGUGUAUGUAUAUGAAAGUGGGGAUAUACACUCAACACCACUGUCCUCUAACACUUUAGCAGCAACAACUAUGUGUUCCUAAACUAAUACAUAGAAAUUGUGAUUAGGCUUUAUGAUUCACAAUUCAUCAUGACCCCUUGCAAUGACUCAGUACUACUGAAUAAAGCAUGUCGUGAAAGUCUGUCCUUUACAAAGCAAAAAGCAAACUAUAAAAUGAUUAAUUCAUAAAAUAUUUAUUAGUGAGGAUUGACAGGAGCUUCAGAGUUGAUGGGUGAACAGAAUAAUAUUUCUGAGAUGAGGGAAAGAGAGGAAAUCCCUGAGCCACUGAAGAAGUGCUUGGCAAAACAAAUUUGUGUGUGUCUCCGAUUUCAGCUCCUGUCCUAAAUCCCAAGUGCCAUCAAACUCAGUAGACUUUUAUAGGAUUGAAUUGUUAGUUACACAUAUUCAGUAUCUAUAUAUUAUAAAAUACAUAAAAUAUAUUUUGUUAAUACCUUUUAUGCAUUUUAUUCUUCUUGAACAUUUGUAGUGAUACUGUGAACACAGCAGAGGGAGCUAUAACAUCAGGCUUAUGAACGGAGGUUUAAAAAACCACCACCAACAACCACUUUUAUAAUAUACUGAAUAGCAAAAUAUUUAAUGCAGAUUUGAAAAUGUAAGCUGCAGUUAAAAUGAGGUGUGUAUGUAUGGGACAGUCGUUGUGCAUGCAGAGAUGACAGCUUCAGUGAAUAUGAGUUUGGCAGAAGGAAACAUCAGGAAAUCAAGUAAAGACAUCCCUACUCCCUCUCUGGUGUGUACAGCAAAGUGAAAAAGCAACUUGAAACACGGGGGUGGGGGGACAACCACAUUGUGUUUUAAGUCCUAAUGUAAAUAAGGACAAUCUCUAACCCCCACCCUACCCCACUGAUCCUUCUUGCUGUCACUACCUGGUCAUCUCCCUCUCUGACUUGCCUCACCUCCUUGGUUGCUGUAAGGAUUGGCCAAGGAGAGGGCACACCAAUGGAGAAAAGCCCCACUGAAUGCCAAAUGUCCCCAAAAUCUAAAGCCACCCAUGUGAUGAAAUAUCAUUACACUUGCUAGUCUGAUGCAGUGUUGAACUAGGACAGGAGGGAGAGACCAUUGUUUCAAAUAUCUGUUUGGCCAUUAAGCUCCCUUGGGUGACCUUGAGCCAGUCACUGUCUCUCUUCUUAACUUACUUCAAAGGUUUGUUGUAAAGUCAAAACUGAUGGAGACGAGCCACGUACACUGCCUUGAGCUCCAUGGAUCAAAGGUGAUAAAUAAAUUGAAGUAAUUGGUACCGCAUUAUAUUUGGCAAAUACAUCUUUGGCUCUUCUGCAUUUAGGCAAUCUGUUAAAUCAAGUGACUAACGAUAUCAGCAGUCUUAAUAUUACUACGUUUUUUUGCUGAGCGUGCUCAAGACAGUAAUCCUCUUGCUAUUUUAAGAAACUUCUCCUCAAUUGAAGGUCCUUAAUACGUUUAGAAAUCUAUCCUGCGCAACGGUUUUUGGCCAAGAAGGGCACAGGAAGGGUGUGAAAAAAGUUUCUCCAGGUCACUGAUCCAGUAACAGAAGCACAUAUCAACUGUAAAGAAAGUGAGGAGAUACGGUAUAUUGUUUUAUGCUCCUUGGCAAUCAGGGUGGCUAAAAAGUGAUAAAAGGAGUGAACCACAUCACAUUAAUCACUGUAAGAGUGGAAGGGUUGGUGGUAGCAACUAUUUUAGAGGAAGGUGAGAUGUGAUCAGGGAAAGGAUGAGGUUGUGUAAUGUAGAACUUGUCCCUCCUCCUCUUGUGCUUUGUAGGGUUGCCACUUUUCUGACAGGGCUUUAAUAAAAGCUCAAUGACCAACCUAAAUUGGGCAUGGGUUGUUUUCACCAAUAAGCCUGCCCUCUUAACACCUACAUACAUUGGGAGUAAGCCCCAUUGAACACUGUGGGGCUGACUUCUGAGUAGACAUGAUUUGGCUUGCGCUACAGGGUUGCUCUCUUUGUACUAUUAUCUUUAAUCUGGAACAUGUUCUUAACUGUCCAGGGGAUGGCAAGUUGUUAGGGCGAGGCUGGGGCACCUGUAGCUCUUCAGGUUCUGCUGGACUCUCACCUCUCACCAUCCCUAGCCAUGAGGCAAGCUGGGGCAACUGCCACGGGCGGCAGAACCCACACGACCAGCAGUUCCCAAUGUAGAUCUUUAUUCCCCACCCCUUGUCCCUGAUGCAUAUCUUCAAUCACUCCUCAUUCCCUAGGGGUGAGUCAUUCUGUGCCCAAAAAAAACGUCCUGGGGGCCGUCCCUGCCCCCUAACCCCUGGCCAUGCUGGUCUGGGGCUGGUGGAAGUUCGCACGGUCUGCAGGGCCACAAGGCAGCCCUGAGGGGGUUGGGGAGCCCCCGCCAUUUUGUCGUUCGCCUCAGGCGCCACAAACGUCUCGGGCCGGCCCUGCCCCUAACCACUGGCCGCGCUGGCACAUAAGAUAGCCACGCUGGCCUGAAAGCGGCUGGCGGACUCUCCUCUGUGGCUUCAGGAGGGGAGGCGGUCUUUUUUUUUGAACGGCGGGCGGGCGGGCUCAACAAGGCGAGAGCGGCGGGGUGUCGCUGCGUGGCAGCGCCGCCUGCCAGAGGCGAAGACAGCGCGCGCGGGCGGGAGCGUUUCUAGCGUUUCUCUUCCCCUCCGCCGCCCUCCCCUUUUCUCCCCACUGUUCCUCCUCCUCCUCCUCUUUCUCCUCGCCGCCGCCUCCUCUUGCGCUUGGUCACAAGGGUCGAAGGAGGAAACUGUGCGGCUGUGGUAAUGGAGGAGCCGGCAGGGGGUUAGCCCGCCGGUGGGGUGGGGAGGCUUCUUCUCCCCCUCCCCCCGCCGCCUUGUUUACUUCUUCCUUCCUCCCUCCUCUCGGCUGCUUCCCGCCGCCCCGCUUCAUGGCCUUCAUGAUGAUGAAGAAGAAGAAGUUCAAAUUCCGCGUGGAGCUGGAGCUGGACGAGCUCUCCUCGGUGCCCUUCGUCAACGGGAUCCUCUUCUGCAAGGUGCGGCUGCAGGACGGCGGCAGCUUCAGCGGAGAGUCGUCCAGGUAAAAAGGGCAGCUAACAGCCUCGGCCGCCGCUGCCACAACCCCUCGUUUUGAGAAGCCCUAACCUGGCCGGAGCGGUGGCAAAUGGCAGGCGGAGAGAUGUCGCCGCUCAGCCCCGUUAUAGUACGGACGCGCCCCGGCACAGAAGCCGGGCUGCCCCGCUUCCCCCGCAGCCGCAACACACCUGUUAAGUCUUCAACGGCGCAGGAGACACGCUCAUUUUGCGCGGACAGGGAGUAAAUGCUAUAGACGUGUUUCGGUUUUGAUCCUCCUCCUUCCCCAGUCCUUAAGAGACCCGGUGGGGAAUGAACUUGUUUCCUCCUCAAAAUCUCUUGAGCUCCCAUUCCCACCCGCCAAAUGCCUAUUUUCGGUGCCAGGGCUGAGUUCUCUUCUAACUGCAUGAUGCACGUGUAAUGCAGCAGUGAAGUCAGUGUCUCUGGUCACACCGUUGGGUGACCAAAAUAAUGCAUUUGCCCCAAAAUGGAUGGGAUUCGGCGUGAGGCUUCCAGAUCAAAAGGUACUGUUUCCAGGCAGAUUUGAGCCCCUCAAAUCUAUUGUGUUUGAGAUAUAGAUAGAUAGAUAGUCCCUAAGUUGAGGGCUGAAAUUGGUGAGAUUUAUGGAGUAGUUUCCAAUUCUGUUAAAGAUUAGAUGCAACGCAUGCAUAUACAUACACACAACAUAUACAACAUACACACAGCAUAUACAAACAUACACACAGCAUAUACAAACAUACACACGCAUGCAUUGCAUUGCAUCUAGCAUCUAAUUUCCUUUAACGGAAUUGGAAACUACUCCAUAAAUCUCACCAACUUAUUGUUUUCCUUCCUACGCGACCUAGCAGUUCUGUUGCUGAUCCAGACAACACAGAACUGGAAACCUCCCCCACAAAUGUUGAGACCUAGUGUUAGGGAUUGCUUAAUAAUAUCCAGUCACAAAGUAUUCCUUCAGUAGACCUAUUACAGAACAGCCCUAUAAAGUACAGUGGAAUUUCUGGGAGAGAACUAGAAAGGAGCCAGAAGGUCCAACGCCCAAGACUAGGCUCUUACUACCGUCUCGCACAACUAUCUCUAUUUUAUGCCAUUUACAGAGACUAGGAAUGAUCAUUGUGUUGCACGAAGGUGCCAGCAAAGUAGAUAGCUCCAGCUGGAGUACGUAAUUAUACAAAGUAAUGCAGUACGCUACAGAAAAAGAUAAACUAAAAAUCUCAUAUUUUAGCCUGACACAUAAGCUUGUCUGAUCGUCCCUAGGGAAGUGGAGAAAGGUAUUAUUUCAGCCAGUGGACCAGUCACACAUUACACAAAAUGCUACUAGGAUGCUGGCUUGAACCACCUUGAGGCUACUUUAUGUGCCUUUCUUUUGUGUUGGAAGCAAUUCUCUACACAGUUCCAGUGAUGUUUAUAUGCAGUUCCUCCCUCUGUUUCUGCAUUUUGCAAUGAUACAGUAUGUUGAAAAUUGGCAGACCCACAUGGGAGGAGGUUCAUGCAGACAGGCUACGUGGUAGCCUAGUUUCCAUGAUGAUCACAGAAGCAAUUAUCAGACUUUCAAUUUUUGUUUUUUAAAAGUAAAUUUUAUCACUGUGAUUGAAUAGGCAGAGAAAUGUCAAAUGUACUGGGUGAAGUUGUCCUAGGUGUAAUACAAAAGUCAUCCACAGAUUUACCCCCAAAUGAAUAUUUAAUGAAAUCCAUAACUCCUCUCUCUGGUUGUCGCAGUGCCUGAAGCUUCAGAGGAAGACUUUUUACAAUUCAUUAAAAUAAUAAUAUCACUACUUCAUCUCAGUUGAGAAACCAGUGUUUUGAAACCCUGUGAGGUUCUUCCUUCCAACAGCUGUGCUAUGAAGAUUUCUUGAAUUUAUAAUAAGGUAUCUUCUUUUGCUUUCUAACCUCUCAACGGCAAAUCUGUAUGCAGUGGUUCUUAUAAGUUCUAAGUUCAGACCAGCAUACAAAGAAAUACACAGCUGUUUCUGUGUGCCCAAGGGGGUUCAGGGCUUUUGUUUCUUAAACAGUGUGCUCAAGUGCAAAUACACAUGCACACGUAGUCAUUUAUCAGUGCUUAUUAUGGCUAACAGCUUUUGAAACUGAGUUCUCAAAAAUAGUUUGGGUUAUGGCAUAGGAAUUUGCUGUUCAAAAACAAAAGGGCAAAAAUCCCACUGAAUGUAACCAAGCUCUUGGACUUGUUUAAAAUCACUUUUGGUUCAUCAUGGUCACAAUUUUCUUGAUCCUGCAUAGCAUUUCUCCCCACUUUAGUGUGACAUUUGUAAAUUACAACAAAGAGCCUUCUUAACAUUCAGCAAUACAAAAUUCUGUUUAUUUCCUGAAUCAUUCUAGUUGCCUUUUUCUACUUUGAAGAUGUGCUCCAUAAGCCUAGGUGAGCCUGCUGUUGUUCCACAUGUGGAGAUAGUUCCAGUUGUGAUCUCACCACGGCAUCAUAUUACAGUAUUGGAAAAAAGAGAGAUUUGUAAUUGCAUCAUACUGAGGGUUUCAGUUUUCCCGUGUUUGACUGAGAGUGCCACUGGAUCUGAUAAUGGCAGGAUUAACUUGGGGACCACAAAGUGUGAAAGGGUGAUCUAAAGUGAAGCAUGGAUUAACACGUGAUUGUAGCUUGUGUGUGUUGCCCAGAAAUGUAUGUGGACCUUCUGUAGCCCUUUCCAUCAGAGCUUAUCAUAAUUAGAACCUUGCAAUAUCAAUAAUUUUGCAUGAGAAUUUGCUUCUUUUCUUCUUUCCUCCCCAUCCCAUUUUCCUUUUAUGUUGUUCAUACUGUAUUUACAUUGUAAGCCUCAGGGGAGCAACUGUGUUGUUUUUAUUGAUCCAUAAGACAUUCUGUGAGCCUUUCUGAAUGAAGAGUGGGGUAUAAAUGCUUUGGAUACAUACUGUCACAUUCAGUUUUACAGUAUUGUAUUGAUGAUGUGAUCAUAUAUCACGAUAAGCCAGGGUUUCUAGCUUAUCACAAUUUAUUAUUUAUGCUCCUACUUCACUCCUCUUCUCUUAAAAGCAGGAGAAACUCUUGUUACAUCUGAACCCAGGAUCUUGUUGGUCCCAAAAAAGCCAGGUUCAACAAUCCAGUAACAAUGCAUGGUUUAAGUUUGGCUAGCAAGCUUUAUGAGAGUUUCCUAGUUUGUCCUGUUUGCACCAGGAAAGGAGUGAAGUGGGAACAAUUAGGCAGCCAGCAUGCUGCUUGUGCACAAUAAACCAUGAUAAGCUCAAAACCCUGCCUUAUGACAUGCAAACACAGACAAUUACUUUGUCUGUGUAUGUGUUGUAUAUAUCACAGCAAUGUGCCAAAUCUGAAGUUUUAAUGGAGGUGACAGUUAUAAACAGCACAAACAUGCAGUUACAUGGCUUUUUAGUUUAUAAUGAUUAUUUCCAAGAAUUGGAAUAUUCACUAAUGAGUGAAUAUGCUUGAGUUUGGUAAAUAUGAGCUAGCUAUUCUUAGGCUAUUACCAUUACAUGUAUUUUUUUAAAAAAAUCAUUGUGGUCUAGUGUGCUGCAUUUUGAAAGUGGACUUGAGAAACCCAGUUUCAAAAUAAAUGUUUAGCAAUGGAUAGAACUGUAACACAUGUCACUUUUCUAUUUGCAGAAUGGUCUCGUUUGCCCUCUCUUACUGAGUUUAUAUGAGGUGGCAUACUUUGUGACAUACAUCUCAAGCAUGAUAUUUAAUUUAGUAUCGAUAACCAGAAUUCUGAUAAAUCUUACAAGCUUGGGAUUUUGUAUAGCAUAGUAAGGUAAGGUAAAGGUAAAGGACAGUUAAUGUAGUAUAAGAACCUGGAAGACAUUUAAUAAACUUUGAAAUUUUAAAUAGCGUUAGAGUAGCUGUGAUAGAAAAACCUGUGCUAGAAACAUUCAGCUGUAUAAAAAUUAUGAAUCAUUAAACUAUGGGUCUUUUCUGUGUCUAAAAAGUAUAAUUUUAUAUAUUUCUUUUAAUAAUGUGCACCUGAUGUUUCUUUGUGGUGCCCUGUGAGGAAAGGGAUGGGUUAAGAGAGAGUGCCCAAGUUUGUUCAAUGUGCUGUAUGUCUCACUAUGGAAUUAUUCAUCUAAAACAAGGGUAGGCAACCUAAGGCCUGUGGGCCGGAUGCGGCCCAAUCGCCUUCUCAAUCCGGCCCAUGGACGGUCCGGGAAUCAGCAUGUUUUUACAUGAGUAGAAUGUGCCCUUUUAUUUAAAAUGCAUCUCUGGGUUAUUUGUGGGGCAUAGGAAUUCGUUCAUUAUUUUUUUCAAAAUAUAGUCUGGCCUACCCCAUGGUCUGAGGGACGGUGGACCGGCCCACGGCUGAAAAAGGUUGCUGACCCCUGAUCUAAAACCAAAGGGUGUUUUUUUUUUUGUACCACAGACUGAUCUUAGAAGUUUCCAUGAUAUGUUUCACUACCCUUCUUUUCUUGUUUAUUGGAAUGCUGUUUCUCUAUCUACCAGUAUAGUUCCUUGCAAUAUUAAGGCGUGUGUGUGUGUGUGUGACUGUUACUAGCUUCUGAGAACAAUGAGUUUAAUGUGGAAGAAGGCAGUUGCCAUUGGGCUGCAUGCACACUGUGGGUUGUAUUCAACAUACCACUGAGCACAAGGAUUUCUCCUUGCGUAACAGAAUGCUUCCUUCUCCCUCAUGCACCCUCUAAAUCUGUUAUGAGUAUUCCCCAAUGCUCCAGAGCAGAUUUGUUGACUGUGGAGGGGGUGAUUUUUCUGCCCUUCAUAGAUUUCAGGCAUUUGACAUUCAAAGAUGUUGGCCUUACGCCAUUACCUGGUUGCCUUUCUCCAUGCAAAUUAACAUUGCUAGUGGGGGGAAAGUAAUGUUGGAAGCUGUCAGCCCGUAGUAUUCUGCAGUGCCAUCAUACUAUUAAAUUUUAUGAUUUAGCCGCAGCGUAGCAGUACAUGUUUCCUGGCAAACUAAAUCUUAAACAAAAUCACAGCACUAUGUUGUGUGCUAAUUAAUUGGAAUCAGACUCUUUCCAGCUUAUUUCAAAUGUGCUAUGUAGCUAUAAAUUAAAUUGUACAUGGCAGGAUUGGAAAAAUCCAUUAUUUUGCCAUUCUUACAGUGUAAUCAGUGGAGGAGUUCCUGCUAAGUUCAAUGUUACUUACUCCCCAUUAAAUGUCUUCUAAUUGUGAGUAUAAGUUUAAGAGGUAGUCUGUAAUGAGAGUUUGCGAGAAGAAAUGAGAAGUAAACAUUACCUUUUCCCCAGAUGUAAUGCUAAGGACCAAGAUGAGAAAAUGAAUCUGUAACGUUUGUGCUGUAUGGCUUUGGGUGUAUGCGGUGUUGCAGCCCUAAUCUCAGGGUGUAUUAAGGUGAACCUGAAAUCCCUUCUAUCUCAAAAUAGGCCUGUGUGUGUAUGUGCACACAUUUAAUCCCCCUUAAUUUUGGAGGGAUGGACAUUCAUGCAGUUCUUCUCUUUUCUGUGUAUAUAGGAGUAUUUAGAAAUAUUCUUUUUUGGCGGAGCAUUCCUUCCCCCCCACCCCAACACUAUGUACAUGAGAUGCAGCAUACUUUAUAAAUAUAUAGUUCCAUUUAGAACCGCAACACAUUUUUUAUUGUAUAAGUAUGAAGUUUCAUGCUAUUUCCUGUGUUAGGCACAUUUUAUUGGCAAAUGACUUUGAUUUGUUUAGUGUGGCAGAGGAAAUCCAGCUGUGGGGACUUGGCAGAAUUCCCCCUGACCAUAUGCAACAAAACUGCGGCCUCAGUUCUUUUUGCAGGAUACUGGUGCAUUAAUGAAGCAGAAUGAGAUGCUGAGUGCCAGCAUACAAAAAUUAUGUAGCAGUUUCUGUGUUGGCGGGAUAUAAAUGCUAAAAAGUGUUUGUAAAUCCCUAAUAUCAAAUAAUGUUUAUGUGCUGAACUUCCUUUUUAGUAUGACCUGUACUGAUAAGCUCCAGACAUUGACACUGGGUUCUUGUUUAUAACAGGCUUGACAAUUAUUCGCUUUUAAUUCUGUAGUUGUGAAAAUACAUUUGGCAUUCCACUCUGUAAUGAAAUUGGAUCAUUUUCAUUCUCCAGUUCGAUACAUUCAAAGUCCUUCCUUCUAUACAGGCAGCGUUUUUUUAUGUGCGUCCGAUAUGUGCGCGACCGUGCACUUCAUGCCGAACUCAGAAGUGACCCAAAAAUGUCACAAAAAAGGGGACAGAACAGGGUAGGGCAGCCUUACAUGGGCCCCGUCAACGCGGGGGGGGGGGCGUUCCGGAAUGUAAGUGCCAUGCAAACCGGUCUCUGCCUGUAUUUUAACAGUUCUCUGAAUGAGUUACUUCAUCAAUAACAAAUGACAAUUUUUCACACACUACUGAUUGAAGCACUUAGAACUCCCUUAGUUUUAAAGACAGCUGCCUUUGCAAUCUCCCACAUUGAGCUGAAUCAGUUUAACAGCCUAUUUAUUUACUUUGGAAUUACCUCAGCCAAGAAGGUUUAUACGAUGACUAUUUCUAAUUGUCUUUUCCUCUAGUUGACCACAAGUGUUGUUGGGACACUGCAUAUUCUAGCUUAAUGUUUUAUUUGAUUUAUUUACUUAUUUUCUGCUUCUUAUGUUUGUGAGAAAUACAUGGGUCACCGCAUAUUGUGCAUGGUGGAAAAUGGUGUGUCAAGUGGACUGGGUUGCCUGUGACAGAAUCAUGUUUUUGUUUUAUAAAGGGUUUAGCAUUCCUAGUCGCAGGAAUAAAAUAAAAAGUCACAGGCCCCAUCUGCAGACUUGCAGUCUAAGAAUAAAAUUAAGACACAUUAGGCAGGGAGGGAAAAUAAAGGGGAAUUUGAAAUAAAUCAAGGUGAACAGAUGUGUUUUAAGGAGGCACUUGAAAGUUAGUGCAGAGGAAGAAAAUAUAUUGGCAGAUGGAAUGGUAUUUCUGAGAGAAGAAGCUGCAUGGAGAUAAAGAAAAUAUUAUUAGGUUAAACAAGAAGUUUGGUACCAGUGGAGAAGGGUUUAGGGAAGCAUGUGUAGAAAGAGGGCUCUAUCAUAUGCAGAAUCAAAUGUAGAUGGCUAAAGAAGAGAGCUAACUUCAGUGAAAUACAGGAAAUAUUGCACUACAGCAAUCCCAGACUAACAAGAUAAAGUAUGAGGCCAUUUUACCUGUAUUUCUCUUCUGGUUUUUGUUUUAUGAUGUACAGUUCCGGUGGAAAUCUGAUAUGAGUAAGAGCAGUAUAAGAAUAUAAAGUAGCAAACCAGAUUGCGUUCAGUGGGACUUGCUUGAGCAAAUGGUGCACAGCAUAUGUACAGGGGUUUUUUAUAUAAAAAAAGGAAAAAACUGUUGUUAAACAUAGUGGACGUUAUUUCCAAGUAAAUAUUCAUAGGAACAGGACUGGAAAUAAACUGCAUCCAAGUAAACAAGAUAACCCCACAGUUCUAAACUAGCACAAAUAAUGAAGCUGACUCAUCCAAUUACAGAGUCUCAAUCAAAUACAAAAUCCAGUAGUAGGAAAGCCACACUGUUUGUAAAACAAAGCAGAAGGUUUCAGCCAUUCCAGCAAGGGUACUAAAAGCAGUGCAGAACUGAACAUAUGCAAACUUAACUAUUUCUUCUUCACUGCCCGAAUUCCCACUGAAAACAAGCUAUAAGCUUUACACUACAAAGGACAGCCUCUGGAAUAGGCCUGUUUGCCUUGGGCAGUUUAUAUUUACACCAGGUGACUAGGCAAAUUGUGAUUUGCAAAUUUAGGAAGUUGGCAACACUGUUUGCUUCUACUGUUUUGUUUAGAAUAUUUCUAGCAAAAUGUUUGAACUUACAUGUGCUGUAAAUCAGAAUCUCAGUGUGCACGUUUGUGUGGAAUCUGUGCGUUAAUUAUAAUUCAUUAUAAAGUUAUCUUCCCCCAUUCUCUAAACUUACAUUCUGGAGCCUAGCUUAAAUUUUAAAAAAGUUUACAGAAAAGGUGAAUAUAUCAAAUAACUAAAGUCAAGCCUAUGCCAACCCACUGUCCAAACCAUCAGCCACAUACAGUUGCCUGCUAGGGGGAUGAUAAACUACCUGAUUUUAUAGCCUGCCACAUGAUUGCAAAAAUAGGAAUGGCCAAUUCCCUAGGAAAUCACAGCAAUAUAUCGCCAAUGGGCAGCCUUUGCAAGAGUCCAUAACUUCACUAGCCAUUGGCAAGCACGUAUUUUACCAGGUGAGGGCUUAGAAACAGGGAAAGUUCCUGCUUUUCUCCUAAGCCUGGAGACUAGUGAAGGCUCCUUGCAUGUACACUGAACCUUGGAGAUUUGAAAAGCUACAAUACGUUUUACUGGUUUGAAAGCACUUUCAAGGCAUUGGGCUCUGAAUGCUUCCAAAAGUCAAUGUGACAUUGGAGACAAUGUUCUGUCUCUCCCUCUUGGGAGGAAGGAUACAACCACUGUUGUGUCAUCAUCAUCAUCUUCUUCUUCUUCUUCUAAAAUAUUUGAAAGAAGAGGGAAGCCUGCCUUUGUAAAGCUCCUCCAAACUCCAAAAUUGUAUGAGGAACUUCUGGGAGAAAGGGAAAUCCUGGUAGGCAUGCCCUAAAGGCCUUUUUUUUUUUUUUUUUAAAGCAUAGCUAUGAAACUGCUACUUCAUAAUACAGAAAGGAAUUUUUUCUUUCUUAAUGCAGUAGUCGGGCAUUUUUUUAAAAAACCACGCUACUCAUAGUACAGUGGUGCCCUGCAAGACGAAUGCCUCGCAAGACGAAAAACUUGCUAGACGAAAGGGUUUUGUGUUUUUUGAGUCGUUCCACAAGACGAAUUUCCCUAUGGGCUUGCUUCGCAAGACGAAACGUCUUGCGAGUUCUUGCAAGUUUGUUUCCUUUUUCUUAAAGCCGCUAAGCUGCUAAUAGCCGCUAAGCCGCUAAUAGCCGUGCUUCGCAAGACGAAAAAACCGCAAGACGAAGAGACUCGCGGAACGGAUUAAUUUUGUCUUGCGAGGCACCACUGUACAUGACCAAAUUACUCCCUAAGGCUCAUAUGACGUUGACUCACAGUGGAACAUUUUCAUCAACUUGUUCUGCAGCACAGUUGCCAAGUAGACUGUCAUCUCUGUUCACUUUCCAUGGUAACCAAACAAUGUGUGAAAUAUUUUUGGGUGGGGUGGGGGAGAUUUUUAGAAAAUCCUACAAUGUUAAACUUCUGACUACAGUGGACCCUCGGGUUACGUACCUCUCUGGAUACGUAAUCUUCAGGUUGCGAAAGCGGCAAACCCGGAAGUAUUUUUCCAGGUUUCGCCACUCGCGCAUGUGCAGAAGUGGCACCUCUGGUUACGGAUUUUUCGGGAUGCGCAAGGACCCACAGAACGAAUUAAAUUUGUAUCCAGAGGGUCCACUGUACUUAGUUGCAUGCAGUGUUCUAUUUGCUAUCUUUCUCUGACUGCUUUUUAGCUGUAGGUAAAUAUUAAAUUGUUUGUGAAAUUACUGUAGUACCACAUUUGUUUUUAUUUAAGAAUUUAUAGACAGAUUUUCAGUUGGGACAAAUUCUCAAAGCAGUGAAACAACUCAGUUUGUAUUUGGUGAACUUUUUUCUGUCUCAGGAAGACAGAAUGUAGACUGGAAUUUCAUUAGCGGAAUGCAAUGGGAUGUUUAAGUGCCUUGGUUAAAUACAUAGUCUUGCAGGUAUUAAAGCUUGCCUUGAAAGUUUUAGCCUAGUGCAGAGAUUUUCAACCUUUUUGAGUCCACAGCUCCCUUGACCAACUACCUUUUUUUGGUGGCACCCCUGUUGGGCUCAGGAGCCCAGUUAUGUCAUGCCUUGUCUGCAGAGCUGGCAGCCUCUCACCCUUUUUCAAACACCCUCCUUUGUGGAGUGUUCCCACAGUCUCCUCUCCUGUCUCCAUGGGAGUCCUCUGGACAUCCGCUCUUGCCAUCCCUGGUCUCUGAGCUGCUGCCGCCCCCGCCCCCGGCACCAAAGAAAGGUGCCUCCUCACACUGCUCCACAGGGGCCUGGGAAGAGGAUACUCCCCAGUCUUAGUAGCCCAAAGGAGACUAGUCAAAGGUGAAUGUGAGGCCAGCACCUUACCUUGGGAGGCAGCAGGCGCUGCUGGGUCUGCAUGGGGAAAUGCUCUCCUUCAGCACCGGGCAUUCAGCUCCCAAGCAGGCCUUGCACACAGCAAGCAGAAGAAAGCCUAGUGCAGCACCUGCCUACCUGCCCAGCCUCACAGUUGCCUGUCCAUUCCCAACAGCAAGGGCUGGCUGGCUGGGCUCCCUCACCCACUUGCUUACUCUGAUGCUACCUUGGCUCCUGGCAGCCAGCACCCCCUGGCCAGCCCCAGAGGUACCAUUUGCCUGUGGAGCUUGUAGCCAGGGCUGCUGCAACAAACAGCUGUGCAAGGCUUUGGGAGGCAGGCAUGAGAGCGCAUCAGAGGAGAGAGGGAGAGAAAGAGGGACAGAGGCCAGUGUUGCCCACGGCACCCCUGACCAUUAUUCAAGGCACCCCAGGGUGCCAUGGCACACUGGUUGAAAACCAUUGGCCUAGUGCUUUUGUUUGAAUAUGUCUUUUAGCUGAUUGUGAGGAAAACCUGGUGUUCUGUUUCAGUUUUCAACUGAGCAGCAGAUACAAUGCUAAAAUGAUUGUGAGAAUUAUACGUUAAAGAUAUAGAGAACAUGGGUAAUAGCCAGCAUUAGUCAUACUUAGAGGCCCUUUGAAAUCAAUAGAAAAGUUACUUGGGUCCAUAAUUAAAAGUCCGGUACUCUGCAGCAUCUUAAGACUAGGUCUGCUUUUUUUGUUGAUGUUUUUCCAUUAUAAGUUUCCCAUUUACAUGUGUGUAGCAUUGAAUAUAAGCCUACAUAUUUUUCUUGCAAUAGAAAUAUUUGCUCUAGGAUAGAGUAACCCAAGCCAGUUCUUUCAACUUCUGUCAGGAAUCUAUGGCAUACAGUACUGUCAAAGGUGGGUGGCAGGGUCAGGUAAGUAAUAACUCACAAGAUGCCAAUAAAGUUAACUCUUUAUUCAAAUAAACAGCAUAAUGAGCCCAGCAACUCUUCCCAGUAGAUCUUGCCUCAGUGAGGCAGUUUCGAGGACUGAAGGUCCCCGCCUUUCCACUCCUUCUUAAGACUCCUCCUCUCCCAUUUCCUUCCCAAGCAAUCUGAGGCUCAUUCACCUUGUCUGUCUUUGCUUCACCCUCUUCAUACCUCUGCGGGUUCUGGGAGACCAGGGAGGAGGGGAGCUGGUCACAGGAAGGGGGGGGGGCUCCCUGGCUUCAUCAACAGCCUUCGUCAUCUCUGUCUCUUGGCCCCCCUCCUUUCUAGCCUCCACUUCUUCCUCUGGUUCUGGACUUCUGUGACAGCCUCUUCCUGCUCACUAAACUGUUACCUCUUCAGCUUCCAACAACUCCACCUCGUAGCCUGCUCCGCCUUCUCCCUCUGACCAUCAUCAUCCCACCACAAAUCCCCUGGCUCUGACCAUUUUUCCCUUGGGGGUUCCCUAGCUGGUGCCUCCCACUAUUCCUCUGCAUCCAGCCAGUCCACGGCAUUGUUCCUUCCUUUCUUCAGACUGCAAAGUAAAUUUCAAAUAGAGCCUACAGAAUAACACCUCUUUCUGGCACACAAGGGAGAAAUGUGCUCAGGAGGUUUUGCAGGGUAAAAGAAUUCACCAAAGCAUUCUGUGCACACACAAAGCUCUGCAUUUUUUUCUUAACCUCAAUACUAGCUGUCACAUUUGUUAACUGAAGAUUCUGAAAUUGUGGCUUGUUAUAACAUAGAUUUCAGCAGCCUCAUUAUAUCAGUUUGUUAGUGACUGACUGCCAAGCCCAGAGAUCUUUUUAUUUUGAGGCAUUCUCCCCCACCCCUUUUUCUAAACUGUCGUGACUUUCCUCCAAUACUUUAUCUGGACAUCUUCAUUUCUCAGUCUCUGUCUGAACUCCAUAGAGGAAGGUCAUGAGCUUGGUUGUGGGGAUGAAUCAAUAUAUUGUUAUGGGUGGAUGCACUUGUGCAUUAUUUUGUUGUAUGUGGUUACUCACAAACUUCAGUCAGAAUUAUUUAUUCAGCAUUUCGAAAAGGGUGUCAGGAAUCCAAAAAGAUCAAAUAACAGUAAAUUAAAGUUGCAUACAUUACCUGUGGUUCUGUCAUUAUUUCUAGAGCAAACCUAGCAGUGAUUUCAUAACUUGGGAUUUAAAUCACUGCCUGAUUUAAACAUGAUGCUGGGCUUAUAAGAAAAACAUACGGUAGUCAUGCAACAUUCCAUAUUGAAACCAGUCCCUCAACUGCUAUGUACACAGUGUUAGCACACCAGUGAUGAAGCCAUAGAUUUCUGAAAUACUAACUCUGGGUAUUCAGGCACAGCAAUCAAGUCCUGUGGGCACAAAUUCUUAUAUUACUGUAUUUGUAUUGUGUGUAAAUAGGGACCCAAAGAGGAUUAAUUUCUCAGUUUGGAAUACAGAGAAUAAGCAAAAGAUAAGAGAUUGUCUACCCCAAAAUGACAUGGGUGAUUAAUCUGAGAGUACAUGUUAUUGAGUCUAUGAAGGUCUUUGAGAACAAUUUUGAGAGGUUCAUCUUAAUAAUGCCUAUUUUUGGUGGCAAAUCAAAUCUAAAUAAGUUCUGUUUUCAAGAUUUGAUAUGUAAGCUGGGAGGAAUCAAGACAUGAAAGCGAAGAGGGUAAUGCAAAAUCUUCCAUUGUAGUUAUUCGUACCUUAACAUUGUUAAGUGUGAAUUUAUUUAUAAAAAUAAUUACCAUACCUUUUAGCUCCACACAGGUCCCCAAAUAUGGUUCAUAGUCAUAAAAUCAAAAUACAAUACAAUACAAUACAGCAGAACAAGAACUAAAAGCCAUUGUUUGGGGAAAACAUAUAAUAGCAGAGGAGACCAGAAAACAACCCAAAAGUUUGGCAAAGGGCCAACCAUUUCUUAUAGUCUAGUUGCGACAGUUGAGUAAGAUGUCAUGCUGGUUCAUUUGUGAGGGAGCCAUGAGUAUAAAUUGAUUUUGUUAUCCUGUAAUGCUUAACCAUGGUUUAGUGCUACGUGCAUGAACAGAAAGGAGACACCAAGCACCCUGGGUUCCUGCCCUCCCCUUCCCAUGUUUUCUUCCUGUGCACCUGGGAGGACUUCAGUAUGGAGUUAAGUUGCACAUUCUAUAAAACCUAACUGGUUCUUGUGUAUGAAACCAUGAUUGUGGUUUAAAACAACUUCCGUUAAGUUUCAUAACAGUCCGCUUCAACCCAUGGGUUAUGAAGAUGGUUUGCUAAACUAAGCAGAGUUUGUUUUUAAACCAUUUCCCUGGUCCAUACAUAAUGAGAAACUUGGUUUUGUCAAAACUAAAAUUAAGUCCUGCCACAGAGCAAAAAGGAGGACACAUUUGCCAACUUCUACUUUUAAUUAUGGAUUUCUAUGACUACUCUCAUUUUACAUACCCAUGAAAAAGAGGGUGUGUCCUGGAAAAAGAGCACAUAUGGCAACCCUACCUCUGUAGAAAACGUUCAGUUUUUCUUGUCAAUGUUCAAUAUUUUCCUUUUUUCUUCUUCUUUUUUUUAUUCACAGGGAAGUGGUGCAGGCAAACUGUGUCCAUUGGAAAAAGAGGUUCUUAUUUAUGUGUAAAAUGAGUGCAAGUGCCACUACAGGGGUCUUGGACCCCUGCAUCUGCAGAGUGUCUGUUCGGAAGGUAAAAAUGACCAUUCUCUUCUUCUGAUAUUUGCAUUUUAGUUUAUGCUGAGGCCAUGUGCCUCUAAAUAAGUGGCAACUUAACGCUGUUUACUUAUUGUGCAUCCAGACUCUAAUUAUAUUAUUUCUAUUGACUUCACCAAAUAUAAUUAACAAAAUUCUCUGUAAAUACCACGCUGCCAAAAACACUGAAUAAUCAAAGAUGAGAAGCAACUAUUAAUUUGUCUUACUUAUUUAGUAAUAUUUUUAUAUUGCUUAGCAUUAACAAGUAAUAAUAAUAAUAAUAAAUUUUAUUUAUAUCCCGCCCUCCCCAGCCGAAGCCGGGCUCAGGGCGGCUAACAACAAUCAAAUAAUCAAACAGUCAAAUAAUCCAACAUUCUAAAAACAUUUCAUUAUAAAAAUUAAUUAAAAUCAAAUUAAUGGCAACCGUUAAGCAAAAUUCUGUGCAAGUUGCCAGAGGAGGGAGUCAGGCUGCGCCCUGACCAAAGGCCUGGUGGAACAACUCUGUCUUUCUAAUCGCAGAGCAGUUUAGAAAUGUUUUUUCUAUAAAAAAAAUAGAAACAAAGGUAUAUAAAAAGAAACACUAUAGAUAUCAAUAACCUAGGGCAAUUGGGUCAGUGCUAAUGAUCAAAGACAGCCUGCGUAAACAGGCACCCAACAGUCAAUGGCUCCCAGAGGGAAUGUGCAACUACAGAGAUAGCCUGCUUUCGUACUCACACUAGAUGACAUUCCACUGGUCACAGCACCAUCAGCAAAGUCUUCUCUGAUUAUCUUGAUCUACUGUGCCUGUAAAGAAGAAGAGCUACACAGCUUAAUUACCUUUGAUUACUAUUCAUAGCAUUGAUAAUAUUGUAGGCGCUCAAAAUGUGUUUUUUCCUGACUUAGGGAAACCCAUUACAACUUAUAAAACUUCCUCAGUAUUCAAUAGUAUUGCUUGCUGUGUGUUAAAUGUUUAUGUCACAUGCUGUGUGUUAGCUCUUUGACAUUUUUCAUCAGAAAAUAGUGAUUACUAAACCAUAACCAUUGGUUAUUCUUGCAGGAAUUAAAAGGUGGGAAGGCCUAUGCAAAGGUAAAGACAAUACAAUACUUCCUCUCCUUUAACUUACACAUAUGUAAUUUUAAUUUAAAGAACUGUGCAGAUUUAUAGUUCCUGUCCUUAAGGAUACUGGAUGUUGCAAAUACUGUUUAAAAGGAAUAGUUGUGUAGCAGUAAGAAAACUGUGUCCUGCUUUUCCUUUUGUCAUUUUAUGAGAAACUUCUUCUUUCUUAAAGUACAAAUGCUUUGAUGCCUAAACUGUUUGUUUCCCUGGAUGGUUCUGUAAUUGCUGACUUUUCAUCUUUCGUCACUAGCUGGGUUUUGCAGACCUCAACUUGGCAGAGUUUGCUGGAUCAGGAAAUACCACUCGUCGCUGUUUACUGGAAGGUUAUGAUACCAAAAACACAAGGCAGGAUAAUUCAAUUCUCAAAGUAAUUGUGUGUGUUUUUUCUCUGUUUUUCAUUGUUUUUAGAAUAGUAUUUUACCUUAAUGUUAAAUGGGAAAGCAAAGGAUAGCAUUCAAUUACCAAAGCUGUAACUUUUUUGGAAACAUUGACACGAUACCUGGUAAGAAAUCAAGCAAUUAGGUUGUCGUAAUACAGUACUCCGGUAGAAGUUUGGAAAUUGAUGUUCAAGUACAAUGCAGUUCAAAUCCAGUGGAGGGAAAUAAUUAAAUGUGUUUUAUGUAAAUAAGAUAAACUAACCAAAUUAGAGAAUUAAUUUUCAAGGUAGCUUUUUAGUUUGCCCAAUAUUAGGGAGAAUUUGCUAGUUUUGCUAUCAGUCAUGGCUUGUAAUAUAGUCAUCCAGGAAAAGGUAAAAACUUCCUUACUGCUGAACCUUGCCAAAUAAAUUUGUUAUGGAAGUGUAAUAUUUGCUUGUUGCAAUUAUUUUCCUUCUGAAAUGGCUAGUUGUAAUAUAAAUUAUAGGAUUGCUUUUAUGGACAGCAUGUUUGCCCAUUCUGUCUUUUAAAAAGUUGUCUUCUGUCAGACUAACUAUAAUUAUUAACUUCCAUGAAUAUUUUUAGUUGGCAGAUAGCUUUACUGUUAAUUGUGCCAUUCAUCUUCACAGUAACCAUGUGAGUUAAGCCACUCACAUAUAAGAUAUAUGACACGAAUUUUCCCAUUUCAUGCUUUUUGGUAUUUGAAUCUGAUUUUAUUUUUGUUUGUUUUUCCUAACUUACAGGUCUUGAUCAGCAUGCAGCUAAUGUCUGGAGACCCAUGCUUCAAAACGUAAGUUUACAUAUGACAUAGCAGGUGAAAUUGUAGUUAUUGUUAAUAAUUAGCUUUUGGAAUGCUUGAAUAAAUUGUACAAAUCAUACUCUGAAAAAGAGUUGUUAACCAAGUUGUAAAGGUUAUUGGGUAUCAGCAGUCCUUGGUGCCUACUUCAAUAAUCUUUGAUAUAGCUCAUCACUUUCCAUGCAGUUGUGCUGUUCACCCAUUUGCAGGGCAGGGGACUUAGUCUAUUUGGGCAAUAAUAGAUAAUGCUAUAUGGUUUUUUAUAAAUCAAGAAGUCUUGUAUUAAUCCAUGUAUGCAAGGGGCAGAAGGAAUGUACAGGUGCAGAGUAAAUUAUCAAUGCAAAAAAAAUGGAUUGGAAAUACAGUAUUUGAUCAGUGUACACUGUGUAUUGUGUACACUAAGUCCACAGCUUGCAUGCAUUUAGCUUGUGCACAUUCAGCUUUACGCACAUGGAAAAUAAAUAAAUAAAAUAAACAGGGGCAGGCGUCCGGGGAGAAAGACUUUGACAGUCGCAUCCACCAUUGCACCCAAUAUGUUUUGACUAUAUGUGAUUUUGGCUUUAGACCAAUCCCUGGAAUGUAAACCCUGCAUAAAUUGUGGGCCUUUUGUACACACUUUGUGAGGGAGGGGGGUUUGGUUAUACCUUUCUUGUUGCUAGCCUGUCUUCGUGGAAGAACACAUUAGGCUAUGGAGAGUUAAAUGGAAUCAAGAUUGGUUUAGCAUGUCUAUAGAAUUUGAACAAAAAUGUUGGAACUUGCACAGGUCUUUCACAUUCAGGAUUCUGAAUCACAGCAUUUGUCUCAAAACUCCAGUCCCUGUCCCCAUCCCUGGGACAAAAAAAAAAGGCAGUUUUAAUAGUGUACAAAUUCUUGAGUACAAAUUAGGUGAAUUCUAAUCUCUGGAAAGUGCAGAUGGUGUUAAAUACUUCUUGAAAUAAAGUGUGACUCUUAAAGUGAGCCUCAGCAAAACAAAUGCGUGCCUAGAAAUAAGGAUAUAAAACAAAGUGCAUGGGAUUAAUGAUGCUGUAAUUUUUACUGUGUUGGUCUUCAGCUUCAGGAGUGUUAAAGGGCCCUGUGUCUGCGCAUGCCUAUUCCAGCAGACUAUUUACGUGUACUGCACCAAAAGGAAAAAUGUGGUUAGGAUGGAUUUCUAGACUAAUGAGGUAUUUUGCGAUGAGUCAUGCAGCUUGGUGAGUGGUCUAAUUGUAGCAAUGCAGCUGGGAAGCUUUUAUUUCCAUCAGCCAUGCUGCAAAAGUUAAAUGUAGGCAGUGGGUUGAUGUUUUUUUAAAAAAGGGUGUUGUAGUACAGCAUAAAUUCUUAAUCAUAAGUGAGGCUCUUUUUAAAAAAAUGCUUCUCUUGUGAGUUGGUGUUUCUGGGCAAGAUAAAUUUAAACGAGAAUGUAUUGGUGCUAGAGUAUUAUAAACAGAUGUCACUUUUGCCUCAAGCAGAAGAAGUGCUCAGAAUACAAUUUUUUGCAGCCUAAAUUCUAUUAGUCCCCAGAAAGCUAUGAAGAACAAUGAAAAGCUCAGAGCUUGUUGGGAGGUCUGUAAAAUAAAUUUUGUGAAAAUGUUGUUGAGUUGUUGUAAAGUAAGAUCAGGUGUAAGCUUGUUUCCCACAAGACAUGGGGCAACCCUUGGCUUGAUGGCCACAUUUGCAAACAUGUAUUUGCAAUGGCCCUGCUUUUUUAGGCAAAUACUUUUAAAAUACCUUAGAUGUCCCACUUGGAGUAAAUCCAUUGAAAUAAACAUUGAGAUAGCUGCAUUGAGUUUUUGUCGACAGUACAAAACUUUCAAAUAAAUGGUUUUUUUUCUACAAAAAUAGUGGAAUACAGUGGUACCUCGGGUUAAGUACUUAAUUCGUUCCGGAAGUCCAUUCUUAACCUGAAAUUGUUCUUAACCUGAAGCACCGCUUUAACUAAUGGAGCCUCCUGCUGCUGCCACGCCGCCGGAGCACAAUUUCUGUUCUCAUCCUGAAGCAAAGUUCUUAACCCAAGAUACUAUUUAUGGGUUAGCGGAGUCUGUAACCUGAAGCGUAUGUAAUCCGAGGUACCACUGUAACAACAAGUUGAAGAAUUAUAUUAAUGUCAUUAUUGAGUGCACACCCAAUCCUAAACAGUUGGGCUGUUACUUAUAGCAUUAUUUGACCCUCUAUGCUAUGUGAUGCUAUAGUGGUGAACUAAUUUGUAAGCUCUCACUUUAAGAGCUUCUGUGUCACUGCAUCAUUCCUGUGUUAAGCGUAUGAUUCAGUUAACUACUUAAUUUUAAACCACUAUUUCUCAUUUAGAAUGCAAAUAAUCCCAUUAAAAAUUGAAAUCUUAGUUUAGUUCAGCUUGAAAGGCAUCUUGUAAGGAUAGCCAGUUUAGUGAGUAACUGUUUGCUGAAGCUUUCUAGAUUGCACACUCCUUUAUUAAAUUUGGGUCAGAUUUAUUAGCUUGUCUACAACCAUCAUUGGGACUGAAUGUUAUCUGUGUUACCUUAUGACAGAGAUUCCUUUGAGGCCACUAAAAGCUAUCCUAUUAUUUUAAAAUAGAAUUAACAUUUUGAUUUUGCACUGGAACACAAUGUGCUGAGGUGAGCACUUAUUUUCCAAUAGCAUCUUCAUUCCAUCAUGAUUGAUGAACUGUAUAAUAACUCAGUACACAAUAGUUCCUUGAUAAAGAAUUGCUGGAACUCAUAUCACUAAAAUCUUGAGUUUAAUGGUUAACUUUAUGUUAGCAAAGGGCUAGUUUCCAGGCCAGUCUCUUUAGUUCUUCUGCAAACAUUACUAUAAAGUUUCUGCUGGGUGACAUUCUUUUACUACUGCUCUGGCAAGCAAAUGUGCUCGCCCCCCAAAAGCAGGGAUCACCAACCUUUUUGUGCCAGGGGACACAUUUCGAAUUUUGAGAGUGUGUCUUGGGUACCCGUCACAAAAGGGAUGCUCUGGGGAUAUGGCAUAAGACAAAGCGGAUGCCACAUCUAAAUGAGCAGAUAAAGAAACAGAACCACAAUUGGGGAGGGGGACACCUAGAUCGGUCACUGCUACACUUUCUCAUUACACCUCUCCUUUGUUCAGAAAGGACAAGAGAGUGGUUAUGCAAUCUUGGCAUCCAAUAAAAAUGUGUGGGCAUGUUUAAGAGCACAUGUCCAGUGUAGAAGCUGAGUCAGUGCAACCAGGAACUGAUCAGGAACAGCAAACGAUUCCUUGUGCAUUGUGAUUUUUUUGAGAGGACUUUUAAUACUGAGACCAUUGGCACCAUAGAAAGUAUGGUGGGCACACUGAAAGGUGUCUAAUUGGAAAUCAGCAAGGGCUGGAGGACACUGCUAAGCCCCGAUUCACUGGCAGACAUGGUGACAUUAAUGGAAACACAGGGUUGUUGUUGGGGCUCAAACCUACUGUGCACUAGGUGCCAGAUCCUUUGGCCUUUUCCUCCCUCACAUUUUUUAAAUUUGCAUAUAGGGAUGCUAGACAUUCUACAAAGGAAGACUCUAGCCAUACAUCUUCAUUUACUCAGUGACUUAAAUUUGCAUCUAUAUAUUAAAAUUAGCACAUGCCAAUUUGUGUUAUUGGGUCCGUGCCUGACAGUGACCCUGAGGAAAGGCCUCUUUAAUCUCAUCUUUGUGGAUGAACAAUAGUGUAGGCUUUGGUCGAGCUCUUCUUCAACAGUUUACUAGUAUAUGGGAAUCUAUGGAGGGACUUCUUUAGGACCUAUUAGGGACUUAACAGUUCAUUGCCUGCACCUGAAUUUGCUGAAAUUGUGGUGUAGAGAUGGUGGCGUUGGGAUCCAAGGCUUUGCCCAGGGACAGCUAGGAGGACCUUGGGGCUGCAUUUGCCCCUUGGAACUGAGCAAGAGAUGAGAACCAGACACAUUGCUCCCCACAUUGAUACCCACAAAUUGCCUGAUGCUAGCUUACUAUUUUAAAAAAAUCUUGCUUUUAUAGAAGGCGUUUCAUAUUUUCAAGACUGCUGGGCAAUUUUGCUCAGUUCUUAAAAAUUAAAAGAACUGUUUUCCAAGUACGCCAUACAUUUUAGACAAUCCAGAUGGCGGUUCUUUCUGAUGUUAAUUUACCCAGUCAGAAAAGCAUUUUGUAGAAUGAUUAAAAUCGGUUUCUCUGUUUUAUGAGGGUGCCUGAGAGCAUACAUCAAGCACUGCAGCUGCACAACCCUCUUUUAAUAGCACAUGUGGUCUUGCAGAGCCCCAUUGAAACAAAUGAGAGACACAUCAGCAGUGUUUUGAACAAUAUAGUGGUUUAUCAAGAGUCUGAUAAACCUAUUUUUGCUGCAUGCAUGCAAGUACCGUAUGUGGCUGGGGGGGGUGUUGUUAGGCUUCUGGCAUGCCACAAUAGAUGAGUAGUGGGCUGCAUGUGACUUGGUGGGUUUACCCUUUGUGUAGUCUGGGAAUACAUUUAUUUUACUUGAUGGGUCACACCUUGUUCAGUCCUGGAAUAAUGCCAUAUGUUUAUUUGAAAGGCUUACUGUUUUCUUUAAAUCUGCCUUAUACACUGUUCAGGACAUUGCUGUUUUAUUUGGUUUGCAACAAUUCUGUUACCUUGCAUGGCUAUGUUUGGUGUUACAGAGUGAGGCAUAGCAUGCACAAAACACUCACUGCUUUAGAUUUUUAUGAUAGUAGAAAACAAUAGGAAGUGCUGGGUUGACAUAUUACAUAAGGAGAAGGCAAAUAUAAAUCUUCUAUUUAUUGAAAUUAGUAUUGAACUCAAUACAAGCCAUGAAACAGCUGUAAAAACAUCACUUAUAAGACGCUGAACUACUAACUGCUAUAGCCACUGUUCUGCAAAUCCUGUUUUUUUCCAAGAUGCUAAAUAAAAAGGUUUUUUAGAGAGAUGAAAUCUACAAAUUAAGUUAUUUGGGUCUUCCUGGCACUGAAAAAGAUAAUAUUGUAUAAUUCUGGGAGGAAAUGUUAUGAAUUUGUUGGAUUUUGUUUGCAGUAUAUGUGAAAUGCAUAUUUGUUUCCCCUAGGCACAGGGGAUAGGACCAGUUUUAAUUUCAGUCUGUUUGUUUCAUUUCAGGCCCCCAUCCACAGCAAUGUCUAUAGCAAUUGCUGGAGAACCAGAAUCCCUAAAUGAAGACAGAAAAGGAGCAGAGAAUACAAAAUCAUCACAUCUAACUAUAUCAGGUAGGGAGCAAUGCUAUGGUAGAAGCCUGGGGAAAAUAAAAAAGAAUAAUUUCAUUUAGAUAAGUGGCAAUGCCACUUAACGCAGGCAUCUCUUGGUAUUAGAAUAUAAGUUGAAAACUGCACUUUGGCAUAAUUGUUUUCAUACGGAGUCUAUCUACUAAAAACCUGCUCAGGUAUAACUAAGAGGUGUACCUCAGGGAUACUAUGCACAUUUAGGAAAAGCAUUGCAUCAUUUCUGAGAGCUCCUAGAGUGGUACAUGAUUGAAUUCUCCACAAUUUGAAAACCUUGUCUACAGAGAGCUAACUUGUUUGGGGUUUGAUUCCUCCUCCCUGCAGCACCAGUUGUGCAGAUUGUUCUUAAUAUGGGGCAGUAUUCAAACAUGCAGUACCCCACUGCACUCUUGACUGUUUGAACACUUACAAUCCCAGCUUGAUUACCAAGAUCACCUGUAGGAACUUUACUGGUUGUUCCUAGAGUUGGUGAAGUUUAUCUGAUGUCCACAAGACAGAGCCUUCAGUGUCAGUAUCAUUGGCCCAACCCUAUGAAAUACUUUUCAAACAGAGAUUUAAUAGGUGCCUUCUGCAAUAAAUUUAAAUAUUUGCUGAAUUUUUUAUGCUGCUAGGCUUAUGAAGACAAUUAAGAAAAAAAGCUUUCUGCAAUAGGUAGCCAGCAAACUGUGGCUUUUAGUUUCUAUGUGGUUUUAUUGUAUAGAUAAUUGCUGUAAACCACUUUGAUUUUUAAAAAUGAAAUUACAGUAUACAAGUGUGUUGUUUUUUUACUAGGGGUUGUGCUGUGCUCCUACUCACCCCACUCACCAACACACACACACACACACGCACGAUUCAUGUUGAAGACGACACAUGGUAGCAGAAGUGAAAUAUUUUAUUGUGGGAAGGUUGCCUCACACAUGAGGCUGCUAUGGAAUGGAAGGGGGGGGGGAGUUUAAAACAGCUUAUUUUUCCCUUGCACUGUCUCUUCCUUCUCGAACAACUGCAGAAGUUUGAGUAAAGCAGGGAUGGAGAAGCACUGGGGAGUUUGUUUUUUAAACUAGUGUAAAACAAGGAGAAAUAACAGAGAUGGGUACAACACAGAAACUAACAUCAGAAAGCUAACACAACAGAACCUUUCCCUACUCACUUCUUGCUGUACUCAAACCUUGUUUUAAACAACCGCUCCCCAACCCAGUGUCAGCACCUGCUCACUCUACUCAAAUCUAUGUCAUUGUUUAAAAUUGCCACUAUUUCAUCGCAGUAUUUUUCCAUCCGUGCUUUAUUCAAACCUCUGCUGUUGUUUGAAGCCGCCACUCUCUCCCUGUCAGUGCCCCAACCUUCUCUCUCGCAUGCCAUGGCCACUGGUGUUGUGCUGUCUGUCUUCUCUUUUGCUCCCAUACACCAACCUGACUUCUUACAAGUCUGAAUUUGUGACUUACUUAUUUAUUGCAUUUAUGUCCCAGGUAGAAUACACUGUUCUCUCCUUCCUUAUUUAAUCCCCACAAUAACUCUUUGAGGCAGGUUAGGCUGAGAGACAGUGUCUGGCCCAAAGUCACCCAGUGAGUUUUAUGGCAGAGUGUGGAUUUGAAGCCUGGUCUGUCAGGUCCCAUUCCAGCACUCUAACCACUACACCACACUGGCUCUCAUUGUGAUGUGGCGCAACAAAUCCUCCAAUUGGGGUUGCACAAUGACCACCUUACAGUUUUUCUGUAUAUAGGAAGGAAGAAGUAGAAUUGUACAAUCUCAGGAGAAACAGUAUUAUAUGCUUUUUCUGCAUAUGUAGAUCAGUUCUUCAUUAUUAGAAAUUACCAAUCUCAAGUUUGGUGUUGGCUUUUUUUAAAAAAAUACAGGGACAUAUAAAUGACCCACACAUGGCUGAAAAUCCAUUAGAUCAGGGUGUCUUACUCUCUGGCCAUUCUGAAAUAUGGCAGCUUCUGAUGCGAAGUUCAAAUCUUGGCGGUAAGAAGAGGUUCUUCCCUGAUCUUAGUUCUGUGGUGCUUAGUGCUAAGGCUGGAGAGAACAGAUUUCCCACCUGAUUUCAUAUGACUUUAGGGUGAUUGCCAAGUUAGAAUGCUUUGCCCAAAAUGACCUUGAUGGGAUUCAAAUUCAGAGAUCUGGCAAGCCUCAUUAAGACCAGGAAUGGAGGCUUCCCACUGCUGCAUUAGAUAAUGUUAUGGGUGCAAAAUAUAGCCCCUUCCUAGCCAUUUGUGUUGUGCUGAUAAAAAGGGAUGUGGCUAAUCUCUCUUCACCCAAUCAAGGAACCAGCAGAAAUUACCCCUCUAUCAUUAUAUAGCCCAUGUCUCCUACAUAAAAACUCUCUAAUCUUUCUCCAUUUCAGCUCUUGACCAUUUAAAAAAAUUAUAUCAGGAAAACAAAGUAGUCAAAACUACACAAAUGAUUUGAAAACCUGGUGCAAUAAUUUCAUCUGCAUGUUACUUCCUUGAUAUAAUGUAAUGGCUAAAACUACUGAGAAUUACCCGCUGAAGAAAGUGUAUGCUUUAAGCAAGUCUAUCACUACUCAAUGUGGACGAUUAAUCUGAGGAAGUAAUUUGGCAGCAGUGUUGCUUGAUCUUCAUUUUUUGCAGAUCUCGCAACCAAGAGCAUGUCUCUCCCAGAUGAACUUGGAGCAUGUGGGCAUUCUAGAACCUCCAGCUAUGCAAGUCAACAGUCAAAAGUUUCAGGUAGGAGGUUUCUUGAUGUGCACUAUUAAUUACUUAAGUAGAUUUAGCAAAAAAAACCCACAACCCUGUGAGAUUAAUUUCCUGCUUUUUUAUAAGCUGUGAUGGAUUUACAGACAAUAUAAGUAAAAAUAGGAAAACAAUUUUAACAGCAAAGGCUUUUAUGUGGAAGCCAUUUUAAAAGCAUACCCUUGACAUGAAUUACAAAAAUGGUCAAAGGGGUAGGCAUUACUUUAAAAAAUGUUACUCCUGUGUUUUAACUGCGUUGUCAAAUUAAACGGCUAACACUUUCUACUGAACCUCCGUUAUAGGAAAAGCUUUAUUUCCAAGGGACAUGGGAAGCUGUCUUAUACUGACCGAGUCAAACCAUUCGUCCACCUAGCUCAGUAUUGUCUCUACUGACUGACUAACAGCUAUCCACCAGGGUUUCAGACAAGGUACAUUCCCAGAUCACAGGGGUUGAUCUUGGGACCUCCUGCAUGCAAACCAGAAGCUCUAACACUGAGCUACGGCCCUUUCCUUAAAGGGGAAUUCAAAUAUGUCAGGCUGCUGUUUAAAAUACCAGGAGCAAUGCCAAUUAAAAGGAAAUGUCAGUGACUAAUUUGUAACUAGAGUGGCAAAGCCGAAGUGAAGGAAGACAAACUUGCGUUUCUUUAGUGAAAUGCAAGCACUUAAAGCAAAUUAUUAUGCUUGUUGAAGGUUAGCCACCACUGUUGAGUCAUCAGGAAGCCCCAAAGAUGUCCCCGGGGCAUUGUGACUUUUGAGGAGCUACACAUGAUGCACAGAAAAGUCAGUCAGAGUGAAUUGGGGAAGAGAUUAGUCAGAGUAGUCAAAGAGACUGUUUUAAAAAUGUUACGCUAUGAACCACCCUGAGACCUGUGGAUAUAGGGCGGUAUACAACAACAACAACAACAACAACAACAACAAUAAAUAAUACAUAAAUAAAUAAAUAACCAAAUUGCCAUUUUAAUUAUUUCUUUGAGCCCCUUCCCUGGAAGAAGUAUAUUAAGCAGAGAGUUAGCCAUACAGGACAAGAAAGGAGCAAGUUUUCCCUUCAUAAUCUUAACCAAUAUAUGUUCCAUGGGGACCCCCAAGGGCUUUUGGCCUAUCCUCAGUCCCCCAAUAGUCUUUCCCCUGGAUAUCUGUAGAAAACAAGCCUCAGCUUGUUAACUAGCUAUCCUAAGUGGUAAUGAACCUAGAUUGCAAUGCCAGUGUCUUGGUGCAAGGAAUGACUUCCAGAUUCACAGCAGAGCUCUGAGGAAGAAUUUUCUUCUGUCCCCUUUGCCUUAGAAUAGGUAAAAACUGCAAUCUGAUUGCCUCUCAUUCUAUUAAGUCCCUUUCUCCCCCUGUCCUAAACUUAGAUUCAAUUGUCUCAUUUAUAUAUUUAACCCAGUAAUCUGGCCCAAUCUGAACACUUGUGUACUUAACUGUGAUAACCAUACAGUCUUCCCCUGCCUCCAUUUUUCUCCUUUCUUUGUUGUGCCUAUUUCUAGAUUAGAAUUGCCUUGGGAACAUAGACCUAACUCCUUAUUCUUUGUAAAAUGUCAUGUUCAUAGAUGGUCAUGUGCAUCUCAUUGUUUAAUUAUUAUUUUUAAGUUAUUUGAUACUAUGUCUGCCUCUUUGAUGUACUGUAUUUGAAGUAAAAUUAUUUUCUGAUUCUCUCACUAACCAAAUGAUUUCCAAAUAUUUGACACGAGUGUCAUAUUCAAGGUAGAAGUGGAAACCAAAAUCCUGCAAUUCAGCGAAGUAUAAGCCUUGGCAUCAAAAUAGUACAGUGGUGCCUCGCAAGACGAAAUUAAUCCGUUCCGCGAGAGUCUUCGUCUAGCGGUUUUUUCGUCUUGCGAAGCAACCCUAUUAGCGGCUUAACGGAUUAGCGCUAUUAGCGGUUUAGCGGCUAUUAAAGGCUUAAAGGCUUAGUGGAUUAGCUGCUAAAAGGCUAUUAAAGGCUAUUAAAGGUUUGGCGGAUUAGAUAAAGGGGGGGGAAAGCGGAAAAAAAAUCUCUAGACUCGCAAGACAUUUUCGUCUUGCGAAGCAAGCCCAUAGGGAAAUUCGUCCUGCGAAGCAACUCAAAAACGGAAAACCCUUUCGUCUAGCGGGUUUUCCGUCUUGCGAGGCAUUCGUCUUGCGGGGCACCACUGUAGUUCUGAAUCAUUCUCUUCUAGGGUAUAGCACCUGCCACUCCAGAUCAUCCAGUUUCUCUGAUCUCUGUCAUAAGAGAAAUACUUCUGUGGGAAGCACAUCAACUGGUAUAGGUAGUAUUCUGGAGCCAUGUGAAGAAGCUGAAACCAAAAGCACUGAGGAUAAUUUGGAAGUGCCCGUGAAAGAUACAGCCUCAGAAAAAUUCAUCAGGUACAAGACUUGCAAAAUACUUUUUCCAGUUUGCUCAGGUACUUCUGCAGAAAUAUUUUAGAAUUGCACAGUGAUCUAAAUGUUAUAUACAACAAAUAUUUCAUAGGCACCCAGUGAAACAGGAUUCUGUGGAAUCACAGCUAAAAAGGGUUGAUGCCACCAGAGUGGAUGCAGACGAUAUUGUUGAAAAAAUAUUGCAGAGUCAAGACUUCAGUUUGGACUCAAGUGCAGAAGGUUUGUAAAGCACAGGGGGUGGGAUGGGGGGAAACCUGAUUAAAUUAUUGGCUCCAAAUUUCCUCAUUCCUCAGUGGGCCUGUAUUCCAAAUGAGUUAGGUCCAAAGUGAUCCUACCAUGAGCAGAGAAGGCAACUCUGCUCACAGAAGGGAGGAAGGAUCUGCAACUUCUGCUGACUCCUUUUUCCACUUGCAGUCUCCCACAUCAUUCCCAAGGGUUUCUGAAUCCUGGGACUGGGGUUUUCAUGGGUGCAGAAAGUUGCACCGCAAAGGAAAGGGGCAGGAAAGGUCCAUUCCACAAAUGGAGCUCUACAAGCUUAUUCUUAGAUCCAAGUCAAGUGUGAUAACAUUGCAUGUUAUGAAAUUUGACUUUUUCAGAGGAAGGGCUAAGACUUUUUGUAGGCCCUGGAGGGAGCACUGCUUUUGGAAGUCAUCACUUACCCAAUAGGUAUGUAUACCAAUUCUACUUAUCUUCCCUACCUACUACACAAUAAGUAACAAAGACCACAUCUGAGCAAUUCUAAAAUUUGGAAACAUGCUCCAGAAAUCAUUUGGACAUAUCCUUUUGGUUUUGUUUGUAUGUAAUUUGAAAAUUGAACUGCUCUUUCAUGACACCUGACUACCACAGGCUUGUAAUACUCACUGACCACCAGUAGAAUUUUGAAAUGCAACUUGAUCAUUAAUGUUAAUAUAGUUAUAAAACAUUUUAAACACCGUGCUGAGAUCUGAAAAGCAACACAGUCCAUGUCCACAAGCUUACAGUCUAAUGCACAAGAUAUAAAAGGGGAAAAGGGAGGGAACAGGAAAAUUAGGAGUGAGGCUGAUGAUUGAGAUGAAUUCCUCAUUUGAUGUGAAAAGCAAUGAUAACAUUCCAUGACAACAGAAUUAUUUGUCCUGCUUGCCACUGUCAUUACGGCUUUCGGCAGACUUCUUCAGUUACUUGAAUGCAUGGAUUUAUUUUAAAGGUACUGAGUGUCUAUGACUCGCAGUGUCUUCAGUGCACCUUUUGCUAGAAAAAAGGGUCUGCUGCUGUUUAAACAGUGUUCUAAAGAGGAAAUUAUAUUUUUUUCCAACACUGGAUUGAAUUGUUGAUGAUAGUUUAUUAAUAUAUCUUUAAUAUUUAGUGGUUGUAAUCUGAUUUCAGUGUUACAUAUGGUGUCUGUGAUUAUCAAUAGCUUACAUGUGCAUCAAAGCCUUGGCACAGACCACAGCAUAGAGUUUUUGGUUGGGAAUCAUGGAAAAAUUGGGUUGGAUCCAGAAUGUUGCUUGAAUUUCAGUUCCUUGAAAUCAGUGUUGAAGUUUAGUCGUGACCUAAUGUGUUCCACAGAGUUCAGUGGAGUUUAAGUGAAACUAACUGAAGAAUCCAACUUCCCAGUGUUCAAGCAUGUGUAAUUAAACCAUUGAUUCUAUUUUGUGGGUAUUUGUUUCAAAUUAGGUAACAUACUGGGCAUAGAACUAGAUGUUACAAGAGAUACUCAAGUCUUCUCAGUCAAAAACAAAUCAAGCUUUCUCUCAUAUAAUAUCUAAAAAAACUAAAAUGUGUGAUGUGGUAACAUUGAGCCUUGACUUUUCUCUUCCCUUUCAUUAGCUACCACUCACUUGGCCAAGAACAUCACACAUUGCAGAGACACGUAGGCUGCUGUGUUUUGAAAGCAGCAAUUAGCUCUUGUAAUAAAUAUCAAGUUUCCUCCUGUUCAAGAGUGUAAAAUUCUGUUCCAGUAUUUUCUACUGCCUUUAAUUUUUCAGGGUUGGAUCUGGAGCAUAUGAGCAAGUGGUGAUUAAACGCUAGAGGAACUGGACUACAGUGGCAGAAUUCUAGGAACUCCAGAACUUGCUUAUUUCCCAAUACUAUUGAAGAUGGGUGCUUCCAAAACGCAAGUUUCCAUUGACCCGAGUUGUCGGAUUGGGUUGCUCAUACUGAAAGUGCCCUCUUCUGUUAUCUACCUGUGGUAUAAGGGCGAAUUUUUCUUCUUUGAGUACUUUGCCAGCCAUUGUGAAUGUGUUGGUAGAUUUGUUACAUUGUUCUAUGUGUCAAUCAAAGCACCUUUUUUGAAGAUAGGACAAAUGGUACCUGAUUUGACUUUAAUAUGGUGAAAUCAAUUGUCGGUAUGUAGAAAUGCAUUCAGUGAUGUUCUCUAAUUGCAACCUGGCUGCUGUUGCUUUUUAAUCCCUUAAAAAGUCAAACACAUCUAUUUCAGUCCUUUUCUGGGAGUGAGAAUCUUGCCUCUCGAGUAUUGACUUAAUUGUUCCUGUCUAACUAGAAUUGCUACAAAAUAGGAACAGCUGCUUCUGCUUCAAGGAAGUGAGCCAGUCAGCUGUGCUUUGAAAGAAAUAGGAUUAAAUACUGCUACAAAUGUGUGCAAUUUUAAGGCUAAGUCACAUGUGAGAACUAGUUUAUUACUUAAAAUGAGUGACUAGCUUUGACAAAAUUAAAUCUGUAUGGUAUUACAUAGUCCUCACUGCUGACAAGAUUUGAACCCUUAGUACAACUUUAUAGUAUUCAAAGAUAAUUCUUGCUGACAUUUGGUGUGUACUGAAAAACAAAAGUACUACAUCAUAGGUGACCUCAUUGAAUAAUAACCAGUAAUGAAAAGUUUAGAGCAUACAGUAGUAUGUUGUUUAGCUCAUACAAUAUUAAAUCAAACCGUUUAACACUUAAAAGAGUGCCUUGUUCCUGAGGAAAAAGGAGGUCGGCGCGAUUUCUUAUAAAGCUUUAAGAACAACCAUUAAACAGCUAACAUAACUGCUAUAUGCUUAAGCUGUCAAGAAAAGCACUUUAUAUAAUUUUCUUCACCCCAUCUGAAACCAGAGUCUUGUAUUUUAAUUAGAAUUGCUAACUCAGGCCCAGUGUAAAUGAGGCAUGGAUAUGAGCAAAUAACUUACCUCUGUACUUGCUCAAUUUAAAAGGUAUUUGCCCUGUUCUACCUGAUACACACAUUGGUGUUUGCAACUGCCACACAUGUGGUAUAGUGCAGUGCAGUGGUGGUCAUGCAGAAUGUCUACAUAGCUUGUUUUAAGUCAUCUCAUUUUAGUCCAUUUCAUUCAGCUGUUGUUAAGACAGAACUCAUUGAUAUCAGUGGAACUUGUGCAGAUAAAUAGUUCCUGGUACAUAUAAAUUUGAACAAAUGAAACAUGUAAUGUGCCUAUGCAACAGUUUUGACAAAGCAUUUUCUGACAACAGCCCAUUUUAUUUUUGUAAAGAUUUUUUUAGGGAUUUGGAGUGAAGGCUGCCAACAAUUCAGAAACAUAUUGACAGUUAGUUAGUUAGUAGUGGACUUCAGAUGUCAAAAAAAGUUAGUCACUAGAAUUAAUCAGUAUCUUCAAAACAACUUUGAGUAAGCUAAUGAGAGUUACUUGACCUGUGCAGAACACUGAUGUUCAUAUGAAUUCCCUGGGGUUGGUCAGUGUUUGUUAUCUUUCUCAAGAAACAAUGAAAGAUUUAAGUUCUUAGCUAAAUGAAGGAAUUUUAUAUCUUGGAGAUAUGUCGCAACUCAUUCUUAUUAUUUAAAUCAUAUGUGUGAAUUGUUAAAAUGAGAACCAUUUCUUCUGUAUUAUGGUACCUGGAAGUAACUUGUCACUUCUUCAUAAAACAUUUUAUUUAGCCUGAUUUGUUCUAAUUGAGUUCAAGUAAAUAUUUAAUUUUUUAAGCUGCUUUGAAAAUAAUGCAAAGAGAAUACACAACAAAACUUACUUUGAAACAUACAGUGAUCUAGGUAAAAUUGAGUUUGCUCUUAGUGUGUUUAAGUAAGUCACUAAAAUAGUGUGCAAAUAUGUUGAAAAAAUGCUAGUUCUAAAAAGUGUUGGUUCUAAAAGAUGAGUGAUUUGGAGAGAACAAAUUGGCAUAAGGGAGAAAGAACACAAGGGAUAAAGAAACUAAGGUCACUAACUACAAAGGAACUAUCAUGUUCAACGUUCAAUAAACUUUAUGUAUUGCUUGCUUACUCAAAUGCAAUGUUGGUCACUCCUAGUGUAAAUACCUGCAUUCCCUGACUUAAUACACCUUACACAAAGGCAAUUUCUCUUGUACCCAUCACACUGGUAAUUUUUUUGAAUUCCAUAUGAUAGUUCCAUUAAACAGCUAUUAUGCACUUUAGUCAACUGAGCCAUGUUAAUGAAGUGAUUCCAUUUGUGUCCCCAAGACAUGGGAAAUGAACUUCAUAUUCAUAUAUGGCAUUCAUUUUGUGUAAACUGUACAGUGAUACCCAAAAUUAACAUUUUUUAGUAAAGUCUGAUUUUUUUACCAUAAAAUACUUGAUGUAAAGUGGUCUUACAAACUCAAUAAAAGUUUUGUCUUCAACCUGCA